AUUUUCUUUGACUACAAACCCAAAAGGAUCAUCAGUUUCAAGAGAAUAAUAAUCAAAUCCUUGAAUCAUAAACAGCCCCCGCGUUUCAAAUUCUAAAAUUCCAAGAUAGGUUUUAUUCCUGCUAUAAAAAGGUGCGUAGCAUAGCAAGAAUCAUCAACUAAUUGUCAGAAGAAUUUUCAAAGAAAAGAUAUAGAAUUGACAGCCCAGCCACUCCUAUGUACUAUACGCGACUUAGUUGCGCGUAGCUUCUCCUAUACACCGACCUAACUCCUCACUCACCAAUCACCAAAGUCAUACACUACAGUUCAAAUCCAAGGCCCGCCUGUUCCUUCCUCCGUCUGUUAUAUACUACUUUCUUGAAUGGACUAUUGUUUUUGCUUACAAUUGUGAAGCGUUCUCUAGCAUAUAAUUUUUCACUUUUCAUUUGUCCAUUUACUGCCUCUCAGUUUUGGAUCUUGACUGAACAAUGUCUACCACACAAAAAAAUGAUUCUGGGUGUUUCUCUUGCAUUUUACGCCGGCUUUUAUGCCAGGGUAGUCAUCAAACAUACCCAUCUGAUCAGAUUGCAGAGCCCACGGAAGUUGAGUUCAAUGAGCCAAAGAAAGAGUUAAAACCUGAGACCGAAAUUUUAACUCAAGGGGCUCCAGGAAUAGUGGCAAGACUUAUGGGUCUAGACUCCUUGCCAGAAGCUAGCUGUGUUCCGAAAGGAAAAGCCCCGGAUGCAGUUACAAGAAGUAAGUCAGUGAAUUUUAUGGAUUACUUGUUGCAGUUCGAUUUAGCUCAAGCUCCUCAGCAUCGCAGAGUGAGAACAUCAGUGUCCUUUCGCGAAGUCCCAACAUUUUUGCAUCAACAAAAUCCCGAGUUACUUGCUCUGUACUUGGAUGAAGUAGAUGAAAAGAAGAAGAGGGAGUCAAAAGUGAGAAAAUCUGGUAAGGAGUUUGGAGAGCUGAAACAGAAGAAAGAAGAGAGAAGUAAAAACAGUAAAGAGAGAUUGGCUAUGAAGAAGAAGGAGAAACAAAGCAACAGAAAGAAACUCUCCAAGUUCAUUGAUGAGCCCCGGAGAGUUUCUGUCAAACGUCAUUCAAAUAUUAGCACCAGUAAGAAAUAUGGAGAAUCAGGAACAACUGUAAAGGAGAAAAGCUCAGUGAAGCGGAUGCAUCAAAGUGAAGUAUUGGCUAAACCGAAAGUCAGUAAGAGUAAAGCUCAGCAGUCAGUUGAGGCAGUGGAGGCAGCUGAAUGUAGUUCAGAAAAUCCAAGUCCUAUCUCUGUUCUUGAUGUCAAUGAUUUUUCAAUCUAUGAAGACUAUCCAUCAUCAGCAGAAGAUCCAAGGUGUUUGGAUUUGAAUUUUGAGAGGAAAUCUUCAGUAAAGACCAUGUACUCUGACUACCCCUCUGCAAAUUCCAAGCGAAUUUUGAGCAAUGAUGAUCUCAGGCUGAGAGUCGUCAAUAAAAGGGACAAUGAGUCGAUGGAUAAUCAGAUCACCGACUAUUACAAGAAAAUGGUGGCCAAGCUUUGCCGUAUUACGGAAGAAUCUAUAAUGCAGUCGAAUUGGAUGCCAAAAAAGGAGCUCAAUUUUGAAGAUUUUGAAGAAAUUUGCAUGCAAUUUGGGCAACACAUCCUUGAUACUUUAUUACAGCAAGUUGUAGAUGAAUUUGCGGGAUUUAAUACAGAAAAUAUUGCUUUGUAAUGUUCCGAAAAACUCUUUGCAGAAUUGUCGAUAAGCUAUGUACAUACAUACCCUGAUCCUGAUAAUAAGAUGUGGUGUGAAAUGUGAAGGAGUUUGCGGAUUUGGGUCACCCAAGGAGCUAUAUCCGUUCCGUGCAUAAACGAUAAGAGUCACGUGGUCUCGGAUGACUUGUCGUACAUGUUUGGGAAACGUAAACUCUUUCUACUUAAAAGAUGAUUUCAUCCUUUAUUUAUUACUUGAGCAGCUUUUUUAUUCUAAAAAAUCUAGACAAGAAACUCAUGGAAAAUUUACCUGUAAAAAAAUCCUACAUUCUGGAGCUUUCUGACAUAGCUAGAGAGUUAAAGAUGAUUUACUUGUGUUGUUGCCCGUAUGAAUUGUAGUUCAAACAAUGAGAAAU